AUGGCCGACAUGAAAUCGGUUGAUGAAGGGGCUGAGUUCUCCGAGAAGCGUAGGUCCGAAAACCCGGAGGAGGAGGAACUCGAUCCCAGCAAGAGGCAGAAAAUUGAACCCCUCUCGGAAAAAAAUGGCGUAGCUGGAAAAAUCUCGUCUGAGCUGGAUAAGCACUCGAGCCCUGAAGAUGAAGAUGGGGAAAACGAGGAUGAGGUUGAGGAUGAGGAUGAGAUUGUGGACCGGAAAGGAAAAGGGGUCGAGGUAGACCUGAAAGGAAAGGGAAAAAUGGUCGAUGAGGAUGAUGAGGAUGAUGAAGAUGAUGACGACGAGGAUGGUUCGAGUGAUGACUCAUCUGACAGUGACCUCUCGGGUGAUGAGGUGGACGGGAGUGACUGGGAAGAUGAUCCGCUUCUCGAGGUUGAUUUGAAUAAUAUCUUGCCGUCCAGAACCAGAAAGGGCAGUGGCAGGGUUAACAGUGGGGUCCGCUUCUUUGGCAACGAUCACAGCACGGGUAAAGAUGUUUGA